ACAAUGGAAGCGCCGGAGGGAGGCGCGCGCGGGCCUGGGAACAGCCAGUGGUGGGUCCGCAGGUUCGAAUCCUCCCCUGUUCACACGCUGGGAGAAGGUGGAGAGGAGCGGAUCCGGAGCUGCCAGUGUGGGCGGCGCGGCUGUUUGCAACGAAUCCUCGUGCAGAGGCGAGGAACCGCAGGCUUGUUUAACCCUGGUGCUUUCCCCCCCCCUUUUCGAAAUUUUGAAUUGGAUUUCCCCCUCUCUUCAUUUUUGCAAUUGCAUGGAAAACGGAAGGAGCCGCCCGAGAGAGAGAGAAAAUUGGGAUUUUGCAGGCAGUUCGGUGGCUGGAGAUCGGGCCAGGAAGGAACAAAAGCCACAGAAGGGGAGGGCAGAAAGGAAAAGCGAGCUGCUGCGGCUGCCUUUGUAGACGCAAGCCGGAGAACAACAGGAUCGGGGCCGCUGCUGGCUGGGUGCAAUGCUUGCUCUCAGAAUCUGUGCCUCGCAGCCGUUGUAGAUGCUGAAAGCUGGGGCUGGCCCCACUGACUGGGACGGGACUGGGAGUCUGGCCCCAGCUGCUGAGUGCUUCGAAGGCUCCACGAUGCACAGCCUCUGGCGGGACUGAGCGGACAACAGGGGAGGGCUCUUCGGCAUCGCUGUGACCUCCUCGUGGUGUGCCACCAAGUUGGUGCCCCCUUUUUUCCUUCUAAGACAAGCCCAGCCAGCCAAUCAAAAUAGAGUCCCUCAAGGUGAAAGUUGACUUCCUGAAGGUGCCUCUUGGCCUGAAGAAGCCUACCCUGAAAGAGGCAGCGGCUGCCUUGGCGGCCGUCCCGGGGCCCGGGAAACCCAAGUCCAUCAACGUGGACCGCUACAAGGCUCGGCGCUCCAACAACAUGGACAACGAGUCACAGUAUUCGGGAUACUCCUACAAGUCUGGGCAUUCGCGCAGCUCUCGGAAGCACAGAGAUCGACGAGAGCGUCACCGCUCAAAGAGUCGCGAUGGGAGUCGAGGGGACAAGUCAGUGACCAUCCAGGCUCCUGGGGAGCCCCUGUUAGACAACGAGUCGACACGGGGCGAUGAAAGGGAUGACACCUGGGGAGAGACCACCACGGUGGUGACGGGCACGUCCGAGCACAGCAUCUCCCACGAUGACAUCACACGCAUCACCAAGGACAUGGAGGACAGUGCCCACCUGGACUGCUCGCGCCACCUGGGCAUCUCGCUGGGCGGGGCCUUGGCCCUCUUCUCCUUCCUCACCCCCUUGGCCUUCAUGCUCCUGCCCCAGCUGCUGUGGGGGGAGAGCCUGGAGCCCUGCGGGACGCCUUGCGAGGGGCUCUUCAUCUCCGUGGCCUUCAAGCUCCUCCUCCUCCUCCUGGGCAGCUGGGCCCUCUUCUUCCGCCGCCCCAAGGCCUUCUUCCCGCGGAUCUUUGUCUUCCGCGCCCUCCUCAUGGUGCUCGUCUUCCUCCUGGUGGUCUCCUACUGGCUCUUCUACGGCGUCCGCAUUUUGGACUCACGCGACACCAACUACCAGGGCAUUGUGCAGUACGCCGUCUCCCUCGUGGACGCCCUGCUCUUUGUCCACUACCUGGCCGUGGUCCUCCUUGAGCUGCGGCAGCUCCAGCCCCACUUCACCCUCAAGGUGGUUCGCUCCACCGACGGAGCCAGCCGGUUUUAUAAUGUUGGCCACCUCAGCAUCCAGCGAGUUGCUGUGUGGGUCCUUGAGAACUACUACCACGACUUCCCGGUCUACAACCCUGCCCUCCUCAACCUGCCCAAGUCUGUUCUCUCCAAGAAAAUGUCUGGCUUCAAGGUGUACUCGCUGGGCGAAGAAAACACGACCAACAACUCCACAAGCCAGUCGCGGGCCGUCAUUGCUGCAGCCGCUCGGAGAAGAGACAACAGCCACAAUGAGUAUUACUAUGAGGAGGCUGAGCAUGAACGCAGGGUCCGCAAAAGACGUGCAAGGCUGGUGGUGGCUGUGGAGGAGGCUUUUACGCAUAUCAAGAGGCUCCAAGAGGAGGACCAGAAAAACCCGCGGGAGAUCAUGGACCCGCGAGAGGCGGCCCAGGCCAUCUUUGCCUCCAUGGCCCGGGCCAUGCAGAAGUACCUGCGCACCACCAAGCAGCAGCCGUACCACACGAUGGAGAGCAUCCUGCAGCAUCUGGAGUUCUGCAUCACCCACGACAUGACUCCUAAGGCAUUCCUUGAACGGUACCUGACCGCUGGGCCCACCAUCCAAUAUCACAAGGACCGCUGGCUGGCUAAGCAGUGGACUUUGGUCAGUGAGGAGCCAGUGACCAAUGGCUUGAAAGAUGGGGUGGUCUUUGUCCUGAAGCGCCACGACUUCAGCCUGGUGGUGAGCACCAAAAAGAUCCCCUUCUUCAAGCUCUCGGAGGAGUUUGUGGACCCCAAAUCGCACAAGUUUGUGAUGCGGCUUCAGUCGGAGACCUCUGUGUGAACUGGAGCCAGGGCGAGGGGCUUGAAUGCCCGAGGAACAGCGAUAUGCGACAGGGAGCUGCUGGUGUAUAGCAUCUGUCUCUUUGGGGUUUAGCACAGAUGUCCAAGUUUGGGGUUCGGAAGAGGUUUCUCCAUGUUUUGGUAGAAAUCCUUCCCAGAGUUGUGAGUUUACAUCUACGUCUUUACACCUUCUGAUGCCGUCACUGACUGAUCAGGUCUCCCCUUUCUCCCUUCACAAUGCCAGGUGAGGAGUGGGGUGUACAUGCACCCUUUUUCCUGUUCCUCCCCAGGUUUUUUUUUUGUAGCAACACUCCCAGGAGCUCAGAAGGCGUGCAGAUGGAAAGGAUGGUAUCUUUCCCCCUUCUUCUCUCCCCAGUGAAAUGAUUGAAAUUUAUGGUGCCAAAUGUUAAGGGCUAAUUCUGUUCACUGUCUUGAGCAGCAUCUCCAAAAACAGUUGGGUCUGAGGAACGUCUUUGAAUGUUUGCUUGUUUUUAAAAUGAAAGAACACAAACCAGCUAACCUCACUGUUCUGGCCUUCGAAAUAUCACCUGAUGCUGUGAUUGUUGUCGUAUUCUCUCGGUCUCUGAGCUCCGACUCGACUUGCACAAGACUCUGUGGAGCACUAUAAAAGAGAGUGCCUGUUGAUGGUAGGCUGUGGCUGCUAUUUUUUGAUCUUCCAUCAUUCCAUGGCACAUGCAAAACCACCCAGGUGGCUCUUCCGAGUUCUUGCAAGUCAGGUGCACCAAACACCUGGUUUGAGCCUCCUCUGGUAUCUUUCUCCAACUCAAGUUUAUAAACAAAAAAAGACACUUUUUUGUGAAGUUUUUUAAAUGGUGACUUUUUUUUAAAAAAAAAGCUGAUCUCUUUCAAAAGACAUCCUGUGUGUUGUAAAUAGUUGACUUCCUUAUGGUGACCCAGGCUAUCUCUUGCUGGGUCUGUCUCUUUCACUUUCCGGUGUUUGACUUGAAAGGAGGUUGUAGCAUUCUGUGGGACUUGAGUAUAAAAUGAGAAACUGCCUCCCCUUCUGGAGCUCAAUCCGAUGGGCAGCUUCGUCUGCACAAGCCUCCUUGAAAUGAAUGGCAGCCCCACACGAGGAUUGGAGUGCCUGCCCAUUUUGGUGAGGCUUCUGCAGGGAAACCGUCCAGCGGAUCAUGACCUCUCUUGGAAAAUCACAGCAAGAAGCCAUUCAUUACAAGGUUCUGGAGCACCCUCUUCUCCAUCUCGAGCCCUGCCAUCGGGUUUCCAAAAAGCAGCACACUCGAGAUUCUUCUUUUAUGGCAGAUUCAUGGCUUCGUUCUUUCUGUGUGCUGUGGAACCAUUGCCUCCUCUCCACCUGUGGGAAGCCAGAGCAUCCUAAGUGAAGCUGCAAUCUUGUCCUAUAAAGGAACCCUCAUGUGAGUUGCUGCCCAAAGCCAUCCCACAUUGCAGCUGGAAGCCUCAAGCCUUCAAGAAAUUCCAGAAGCACCCUCCAUGCCUUUUGAGAAAUCCAAGAACAAAGAUGGUCAUGGGCUGCCACCAUCAACUAAUAAUGCCACAGUGGGCUGUAACUCUGUGUCCUGUCAGUGUUCUAAAUGUGGAUUAUUCUUCUUUCUUUGGUUGAUUAUUUUCUGGAAGAACCUUCCUUCCUUCCUUCUUUCCUUCCUUCCUUCGUUUGUUCAUUACAGUAACCCUUCAGGUGUUUUUCUGCCAAGGGUCUUUCUUUGGCUGUGCUACGGUUUCAACUUAUCUUGCUUUUUAAAUAAAUAAAUUAUUAUUAUUAAAACAAAGUAAGGCAGCAGUUGGGUUGCUCUCAAACUAAUUGCUUGGUGAAGGCUAUUUUGCAGCCCAUCUCGCUUGGUGGGUGGUUCUCUUUAGGGCUUAGUAAGGAUAUGGGGGGGGGGGGUUAAAGACAUCUUAAAUGGCACCACACCUGUCCCAGCUGAGGCUGACGGGAGUUGUAGUCCAGAACAACUGGAGGGUACCAGCCUGGCUAAAGCUGUCAACUUGGAUCACUGUGACGUUAAAAUUGUAUUUCACUGUGAUUUUUUCCCUAAUGUUUUGUGGUUUUUUUAAAUACUUGGGGCAUGAUGCAGCCCAAAGAAGAAACACUUUUAAAAUUCCCUGUUAAAAUAUAUAUCCAGUUGAAACCUGUGUGCAUCACUAUGGCUGGAUUCUGCAGGAGGCGUCUUUUUAUUUUUCUUAUUAUGAUUAAAGGAGGACUUCAAAAAGAUGUUUCCUUAAGUUGGAUCUGUCCAGUUAUUGGGGGCGGGAGGAUGGGAGCAGCAUUUCCCCCGUGCUACAAAGUCCCACGCGAAGCAGCUGGGCACUCUGGCACAUCUGGGUUUCAAGUGCAGACCUAAAAAUGUGAAGUGCAAAGGUGAUUUAUCACGUACAUGAUAAGCACUCUUAACUGUACAAGCGACCUCUCAGGGGAGCUGGUUGGGACCGGCUGUCGCUCCCUGUCGAGUGUGGGAAGCCCAGCCUGGCUGGCUAUGAAAUGGCCUUCCGACACCUGCAAAUAGGGCUCACCUGCAUCAGUGGGAAGGUUUUCCCCCUGCCUUGUCUUGGUGAAACUCUGCCCAGAACUGAACCCCUUUCUCUGCCAGAUGUUACCUCCUCUUGUGCCAUCUCCUGAGCACCUGGCCCUCUUUUUUUUGGUCUCCAUCUUUCCACAAAUUGUGUUAGUUUAGUUUCCGCCACAAUCCCAUUUUAAACUCAUAGACGCAUCUCUCUCCUCACCCCCACCCCCAAAUUCUGGCAUAGUUUGAGAUCCUCUUGAUCUGGCGCUGGUGGGAUCAGAUGAGACAGAUGGCCUGGGAGCUUUGAAGCAGCCCCUUGAAAGGUUAUCGCAGCCUUUGUAGUCCCAAACAUUUGGAGGGUACUGUAUUGGCAAAGUCUGCUUUAUGGCUUGGGGAGGCGGGUUCUCCGUAGCCUCGGCUGCUGUGUAAACCCCACUGCUGUUGGGUCUUGCAGCUGUUUUGCCAUUCCAGGGGGGCAGCUGUCUGGGUUCGCCCCUAGAGGCAGCAAGAGCUGGUUCUCUCUGCACAAACCUUUGAGCGACAGAAGAGUGAGCCCUCUUCUUAGAAAGAGGCUUCAGGUGAGCCACCAAAUGUCCCAUUUGUGUAGCAAUAAUGCGCUUGCCUCGGGUGAUGUGUUUUCUCAAGUUGGUUGAGUCAUUUCAUGGCGAAAGGCUCCCGGUGAUGAAAUGCUCACGACCCAGGCUUGGAUCUUGAAUCUCAUUGUGGUUUUUUUUCUCUUCUCUGUUGCCAACUUGAGACCAUCCAUUUAAUCCAGGCUUCCCCGACCUGGUUGUCCUUGCAGCUGUGUCGGAUUACAACUCCCAUCAGCCCCAGCAUCAUACAGCUGCGCUGGCUGGGGUGAAGGGUAGUUAUAAUCCAAAACUGUUGGAGGACACCAUGCUAGGGAAGGCUGGUUUGACCUGUCCCUGUGCAUCUCUGAUCUUGGCUUUCCAGGUGUGACUUCACUGCCAUCUGACAUUGUCACAAACACAACUCACCUGGCUUGAUCACAAGUGUGAUUUGGCAAGAGAACACAGUUUCAGUGACAGACCCUCGUUUGAACUGAAAGUGUAAAAUAUAGACUGGCUUUCCCUGCCUCAAACACACACACUGAAUUUAGGAAGGUUUUUUGUUUCUUUUUUAAAGACAGAGUUGGAAAAACCGUGUGCAUGCAUGUAGAAAAUUGUAAAGUGUAAAAUUGUUUUUUAAUAUAUAAAAGUUUGUUUUUCCCGUUUGCAGUGGUACUAAGCAUUAUGGCAAUGUUAGUAAGUUUUUUUCCCCAUAAAUAUAGGGAGUAAAA